ACUGUGGCUGGGGACAAAAACAUAGGAAUUGCAUUGAGUUUGUCAGAGGAGUUUGCCUCAGUGAGACUCUUGUUUGUCACUGCACAGCUGCUUGUCGAAAUGUGGUCACCUUUAAUCCUUUUGUUUCUUCAACUGUGGACGACUGAGCAAGUUCCUUUAUCACAGAAUAUAACUUGUUCAGCGGUCCCAGAAGUUUCUAAUGCCUACGUGUCAGAAGAAACUAAAAAAGAUGAGUACCAAGGAGGAAAUGUGAUACGAUUCACUUGUGAAACUGGUUACAUAUCGGGUCCAGCCAUCAGAUUUGUAUGUACAGACGAAGGCUGGGUGGCACUCAACAAGGGAAAAUGCUACUUAAAGCCUUGUGUACUUCCUGAGGAAACUCCCAAUGGCUAUUAUCAAAUUAUCCACGGUGAAGACUUUGUUUUUGGAACAACUGUCAAAUACUUUUGUAAUGAAGGGUAUCAAAUGGUGAGUAAGACUGACACCAGGACUUGUAAACUGGACAAAUGGAGCAAUCAUUUGCCAAUAUGUGAUCCUUUUAGCUGUGACUACCCGCCUGCAGAUGGAGGGUUAAUAGUUAAAGGUUUACCAGAAAACGAUGAACCCAUACUUCCUGACCGCUUCCUCACAUUCAGCUGUCAAUAUGGGAAAUUUCUAAAUGGCAGUUCAAGGCUGAUAUGUGGAAACGAUGGACAGUGGAAUGAGCCAUUACCUACUUGUGAAGACGUCACUUGUGUCGUUGCGGUGAUGUCCAGUCAUCUCAAUGUAAUUGGAGAACAACGAGCAAAUGAAAGAGUGAAGGUUGGACAUAAAUUACAGUUUCGAUGCAAUAAUCCACAUUUACUGGAAGGGUCGGAAGAAAUUGAAUGUUUGGGAACUGGGCAGUGGAAUACACCCUUUCCAACUUGUUCAGAGAACUGCAGAGUCGCACAUGUACCACCCAGCGUAAAGCUCAACACAAAUGUACCAGAAAAUGGACUAAGAGAAGGACAAAGUUUAAGGUUCACUUGCCGCCAGCGUCAACACAGUAUUCAGGGGACUGAAGUGGUUCGAUGUUUACCAGGUGGACAGUGGAGUCAUCCCUUCCCAACAUGUGCAGGUCCUGUGGGCUGUCAGAGACCACCACCCCUUACAGAUGGAGACAUUAGGGCGUCUCUCAAAUCCCAGUACAACCAUAAUGAAAGGGUUGAAUACAUGUGUCAAAAUUACUACACUAUGGAUGGUCAGCCUCACAAAACCUGCGUCAAUGGUGAAUGGAUUGGACAGAUGAGAUGCCUCAGACCCUGUACUGUGAAUGAAGAACUAAUAAAGGCACAUAAUAUUAUAUUCAGAUUUGUAGAUAUAAGGAAGUUGUAUAUACCCCAUAAUGAUCAACUUGAGUUCAUGUGUGUGCGAGGAAGAAGACAUGAUAGAGUAUUAGGCAUGCGUCAGACAUGUCAUGAUGGUGAGAUGAGCCUGCCCACUUGCGGAACUGAAGAGAAAAUGAACGCAAUAACCCGAAGCUUUGUCCUCUUUUUGUGGAUGCAUACACUCAUCUUUGUGGAAAGUCAAGAGGCUAUAUGCAACAAAUAUGAUCCACUUGUGACUUCCUGGAGAAAAUACUGGACCCAAGUAAAAUUGCGUGAGACUAUAGGUUAUACCUGUAGGCGAGGCUACAAGGGGACAGAUGGCACCAACGUGGCCACAUGCACCAGAGAUGGGUGGAGUCCAAAUCCACUUUGUCAAGAAAUAAUAUGCUUCAGACAGGCUAUCGAUAAUGCAGAUUUUGUCGACAAACGUAAGAGAGAAUACAAAUACAAUGAACGGAUUAAUUAUGCCUGCACAGAGGGUUUUAAAGGAAAUCCUUCCCGAAUUUGCACGGAAAAUGGUUGGAUCGGGGAUUCAGAAUGUACAGAAAUAACAUGCAUCAGAGAGGCUAUCGAUAAUGCAGAGUUUGACAACAAGCACAAGUGGGAAUACAAAUACAAUGAGCGGAUCAAUUAUGCCUGCACAGAAGGUUAUAAAGGAAGUCCUCACCGAAUUUGCAAGGCAAAUGGUUGGACUGGGAAAUCAAAAUGUACAGCGAUAACAUGCAAAGAUUGUCCAGAGCCUCUGGGUUGUGAGACAGCACCAUUGCUUGCAGAUGGAGACCUCAAGUACACAAAAAAAAGUAAUUACAGCAAUAAUGAAACAGUUGAAUACAUGUGUCCAAGCUUCUACACCAUGGAGGGAGAGCCUUACAGAACCUGUAUCAAUGGAGAAUGGACUGGACAUAUGAGAUGCCUCAAACCGUGUGUUGUGAAUGAAGACGACUUUAGACAACAUAACAUCACUUUAAAAUCCAGUGACAAUAAAUAUUUCACUCAUGAUGAAAUAAUUGAGUUCAGGUGUGCCAGAGGAAUUCCUGUCGGUGCAGUGGCAAUGCGUCAGAGGUGUAAUGGCGGUGUGGUUCUCCUGCCUACUUGCCAGUGAGACACUGAAAAAUACAGAGGAAAUAGUUCAACCUUUAUUUACAUACAAUUAUGUGGGCCCCAGGAAGAUUAGUUGGUACCUUGCUAGCAGCUAAUGUGGAUCCAAAUAAAUGUAUAGAUUGCAAAAAAAAAAUACUGGUCUUCCAUCUCCACUUUAAUGUUGUCAACUAUGGAAAUUUUAAUAAAAAUAGGCAUGAUC